UCACCAACUACAUAACAUUGGAUUGUAAGAACGUAAACUUUGAUAAUAUUUGAAUUCUUUAUAAAUCAAUUCUUCAAAGAGUUAUGUCGGCUACACAAACCUGUCACCCACAAUCAACCAAAAACUGGUUCUGCUGGGGCGAUUCAGCUGUUGGAAAGAGUAGUCUUGUCUUGCGUUUUGUCAAAGAUCAGUUCGAUGAUUUUCGUGAAAGCACAAUUGGAGCUGCUUUUCUUACUCAGACAUUGCCCAUCAAUGAUGAAUUAGCCGUUAAAUAUGAGAUUUGGGAUACUGCUGGUCAAGAACGUUAUAAGUCUUUGGCUCCUAUGUAUUACAGAAACGCAAACUGCGCUAUUGUCGUUUAUGAUAUUACUCAGGCUGCUUCCUUAGAGAAGGCAAAGUCUUGGAUUAAAGAACUUCAACGUCAAGCACCUGAGGGAAUUGUUAUUGCUUUGGCAGGAAACAAACUCGAUCUUGCACAAGAACGCCGUGCUGUGGAGAAAUCUGAUGCCGAAUCAUAUGCCAAUGAGAUGGGCCUCCUGUUCUUUGAGACCUCGGCUAAAACAGCAGAGAAUGUCACUGAACUGUUUACUGCAAUUGCGAAUAAACUUCCUUUGCAGGAACAAUUGACUCAAGCAAAGAACGCUUCUCCCCGUGGAGUGAACCUUUCACAAGCUAGAAAUGCUACACAAACCAAUGGCGCCUGUGCCUGCUAAUUCGAAGGAGUAACAUUUAUAAUUACCCCACCCUAACCGUCGGCCUCACACUGCAUCUAUCUAAUUGUUCGGUUUUUUUACGCUUUGCUUAAAUGAAUAAAUUAA